AUGACCACAUUUUUAAAUGAAUUAAAUGUAAAAUUACAAGGGAAAGAAAAACUAUUACCGGAUAUGUACUCUGAUAUAAAAUCAUUUACGGACCGAACAAUUGAUGUUGAUGGAAAAGUUUCAAUUAUAUUCGGUUGUUUGGACUUGAUUCAAGAAGUUAUACGCCAGGGUGGAUCUGAGCUUCAUGCGGAUGCAACGUUUAAAGUUGUUCCAUCCUCCCCAAAAUGUAGACAAUUGUUUGUUAUGCACUUUAAUAUUCAAAAUUAUUCCAUCCCUAUAAUAUAUGUAUUAAUGGAAUCAAAAACAGAAACAGCUUAUACGCUUGUUCUCAGAAAAUGUAAGGCCUUGUUUCCAGCUAUUCAGCCAGUAUGUAUCAUGACUUACUAUGAAAAUGCUUUAAAAAAUGCAUUUAGUAACAUAUACCCUGAAAGUAUUCAAAAUGCAUGUUAUUUUCAUUAUGUACAGGUAGGCAUAUAAUAUUAUGUUGAAUAAUUUAUUUUCCUAAAAUAUAUUUCUAUUUUGCUUUAAUUACUGUACCUACUACAUUUUUAGUGUCUAGUUAAAAAUAUAAGAAAAAAUGGAUUGUCAAACUAUGUAAAAAAUAACCGUGAAGCUCAGACUUGUGUUAAAAUGGUAUCUGUGUUAGCUUUAUUACCGCCUAAUAAAAUUGAUGAAGGUUACCAGGUUAUUCGGAAAUAUGCAAGGGAUAACAAUGUAAAUCUUAUGUCUUUUUUUACUUAUUAUUCAAAGUAAGUACACCAUUUGUCAAUAUUGUUCUUUUUUUACUUUAAAAAUGAAACACGCGGUAAAAGUUAUGAAACUAGUCUGUUACAUAAAUAAAAUGAAUAAACAAAUUACAAUUUUACUCUAUAUACAAAUAAAUAAUUAAUUUAAUUUCUUAGGUAUUACUAUGUCCACAAUAAAUAGUUAAUUUGAAUUUAGUACUUACAGAAAACCUAAGCACUGAUGCUAAAUGCUACAUGAUUUAAAUCAUUCUCAUUCUCAUAAGAUUUAAUUUUUUGAUUUAAUAGUAUACACUUAGACUUAUAUUUUAUUAAAGAAACAUAAUAUAAACUUACAUUCUAUUAAAUUGUUUGUAUAUUAUUCACUUUAAGUUAUUGAU